AUGAAUAUCCUACACUCUACACUGUCAACUUGGCGGGACCGCCUGGCCCCGGUAUCACGCACUUCCACCUUCCGCAACACUGGCCAAAUCACUCCAGAGGAGUUUGUUCUCGCCGGAGAUUAUUUAGUCUACAAGUUCCCCACAUGGUCAUGGGCCGACGCAUCGAGUCCAGCAAAACGGGUAUCCUACCUUCCAGAUGGCAAGCAGUUCCUGGUUACACGAGGAGUGCCAUGUCAUCGGAGACUGAACGACAACUUUGCCGGAGAUGCAGGGUUGGAGGAUGAGAUUGUGAGGGAUUUCCUCUCAGGCGGUGAUGGCGGUGAAGGCACAUCUGCCGACGGCGGAGAGGAUGGAUGGUUGCGGACCGGUGGUGGCCGCGACGCUGGGGCAGACCAUGAUAAGCAAGAAGCUCGGAUUCGUGACGUGCGAACCGUUGAUGAAUCCGGGAACCUGGGGGAGCAGGAGGAUGAUGAUGAUAUCCCCGAUAUGGAGGAUGAAGACGAUGAUGAGGAAGCCAUCAUCAGAGAGACAGAUGAUCAGUCAGGGACACAGUCUCUCCGCACUUAUACCCUUUACAUUACCUACUCAAACUUUUACCGCACACCUCGCCUCUACCUGUCCGGCUAUUUGUCGGCAUCCGAACCGCUUCCGCCACAUCUAAUGAUGGAGGAUAUUGUCGGUGACUACAAAGAUAAGACCGUGACGCUAGAGGACUUCCCGUGGUUUGAGGGCAGUGUCAAGAUGGCCAGUGUACACCCAUGUCGCCACGCCUCCGUGAUGAAGACACUUUUGGAUCGUGCCGAUGCCGCACUCAAGCUCCGUCGUGACAAGCUCAAGCAGACACAGUCACGCGAGGAAGCGAACCGCGUUCUCCGGGCAGGCGGCGGACUGGAGGGCUUGGUAGAUGAGACAAAGAAUCUGUCCCUCGGGGACUCCCACCAUGCACAACCUGGCGGGGACGAGUGGGAGAUGCUGCAACAUGAUGAGGAAGAACAGGUCGCUAUCCGAGUAGACCAAUACCUGGUUGUGUUCCUCAAAUUCAUUGCCAGUGUGACGCCGGGCAUUGAGCACGACUUUACGAUGGGAGUAUAA